AGUUGGUGUUCGGGGAAGACCCCCUUGUGGACACUAACCACGGGUAAUUGAUCUAACAAUUAGCGACACCUGUCACUUAAACCCCAGGCUAGUACACACAUGCAGGCUUAAUAAGCUUGUGCUGGACAGUUGACCGAGGCCGUGCUGCGACAUAAGGUCACUUCGGCCACUUGACUUUUAGGCGAGUGGACGUGGAGUGGAGUUAAUCUUUCGGUGCUGGACGAAGAACAGUGAAGUUUCAGAAAGUACGGAGAUACUAAAGUGAAUAACAUGGAUAUCAACUUCCGCCGAGUAACAAGCAGUGAUUAUGAUGACGUCAUCGCGAUCAGACGGGGUAUUUACUUCGGUUGGGACUAUUUGGCAUCAAGAUUUCAUUCCAUGAUGGAAACCCAUCAAGGCUAUGUUGCCAUGGACGGCGACAAAAUGGUCGGAUUUUCAUUUAUAACUACAGUGGAUGACGGAGAAACGUUAUUAACCCGUGCCUCUCGUGUUCACGAGGAUUACGAAGGGAAAGGAGUCUAUCGGAGUCUCUCUGACUACAUCCGUCAAAUCAUUUCAAGCAAUCCAGAAAUAAAACGAAGCGCAGUUGCCAUUCACAUGAAUGCGGAAGCUGACCGUCUGAUAAAGAAGGGCGCAGUUUUUGUCGGCAAACGGGAUUUUCUGGUAUUUCACGGAACGGCGUCAUCAAUCUUGCCACGCAUAAACGGAGUUAUAGAAAACAAACCAUUGCAAAGUGAUGCCAUAUCCAAAAUAUUCCAGUCCACAAAGUUAUGCUCCGUACUGUUUCCGUCUGAUCGGAUUGUGUCCAACUGGGUAGCCUACAGAUUGUUUCCAAACAACAUAAAACAUUUCGAUUCAGACCUCCACAACGUUAUUGCCACCUCUGUGGAUCCGGAAAAUGAGUCCAGUGAUCCCCUUCUGUCUGUUGGUGUGUUAUUUAAAUGUGACACAGGGGAAGCGAUCUGCAUAGAUUUCCAUGGUAACAUAGGAGACGGGUCAAAGGUCAGAGAACACAUGGAAAAACAUAUCAAACUCUCAAUAGGACCACAAACUGAUAAUUUCUUUAUCAUGAUAACACACGAGACUAAGAUGGACGAUGCAUUGCUAUACAAGAUGAUGGAGGAUUUCUCAAUGACUGAGAAAUUAUUAACUGGUAUCAACAUGAACAUGAUUGAGGAAAACGUGUAAUAGACGGUUCACACCUGUCAAUCAAACUAACAUUUCUUGACCAAUCAGAAAACUUGAGACUAUUUACUGGAUGCAUUUACGCAAUAUUGCUCUAUAAACAGAAUUAGGAUGUGUGCCAGCAAACGCACACAGGCGUUAAACUACAUAUAACGAAAAGAAAUCAACUAACUUUAUAAUUAACACAUUCGAUAAAGCAUACAUCAUGCACCUGAUAUCGACUUGAGUGGGACGUUACAUGUCGAAUCGUCUGGAAUUGUUGAUCGCCGUCUGCUAUACUUGCACAGGAAUCAACUCAGCUUUCGCAAACGAUUCGCGAGUUUACAUUGCUCUACAAUGUACACACAGCCUGCCUUCUCUUCUCUUCAUAUCCGAAAUAGAAUUAAAGCAAAUAUGGAAUUACAUGUCUGCAUUCCAGAACUAAGCAGGAUGUACCUGAUCUGUUGAACAUUACAGCAAUCACAUUUGUAACAGUGGACCGUAACACAUACGAGUCGAGACUAUUUUUAUUUCUGAGUCAACAAAAUCGUGAUUGUCUGUUGUAGUUUUGUUAUUUGACAUGAAAUGCAAGAUGUUUCGAAAAGAAAUAUAUUACCAAUUCUUUAUGAUAACGAACCUUCGACUGUGUAAUAUGUAUCCUAGCUUUAAACCGGCAAACUUGUAAACAUUCAUUUUUCUUGACAUGUACGGGCAUGACGCAAAACCUCGUUUGUCUCCAAUGAAAAAAUUGCAUUACUCUCUACGUUUGCGCCCUGGUGUACGUUAGAGUCAGAAAUAUCUUAAAAAUUAAAAAGUUAAAUUCCUUAAUUUGUUCAUUAUAAUAAAUGUUAAAAACAUACUAACUA